CCAGGUUUUAAAUAAAAUGAGUUUCUUUCCAGCAUGAGGAGUUGAGCGCUGAGUGAGUCAGCCUUAUCUCUAUCUCUGUGAUUUAGACAUUUAUGUAUGUGCUCAGCAUCAAAGAGAGAGAUUUCAAGAGGAAGAUGUGGUAGUUCUUGGAGAGACUGAGGUACCAAGAGAUGCUUGUGAGAGAAUAAAAUAGGUUCCUCAAAGUAGCUUCAGAACCUAUUGAUGAAGAUGAGAAGCAAGAUCUUAAUCGUGAACAAAAAAUUCUAAUGAGAGAAUAUGAGGCUUAUCUACAAGACGAGAUAUGUAUGCUGGAGAAGGAAAAUUCAGAUGACUCUUUUUAUGAAAUUCUCCAACUGGAAGAUAUUACCCAAAAUUUACUUGAUAAUUUCAGGCAGCAGAAUUACUUCAUAAAGUUUUUGGCUCAAAGAGGGGUCAACCUGAUUCAGAAUUAUACAGUAGAGCGGAGAGAUUACCACCAAAAGUAUUCAGACUUUUGUGAACCUGAAGAAGAACUUAAGCAGGAUAUUUCAGUCCAAGAUUGAGAUUCUGAAUCAAAGAUUGAUUUAUACAAAGAUUCUUUUCAAAAAUUUGGAGAACAGAACGAGCAUCUUUUCCAAUCAUUGCUCUUCGAGGGCACUACAGAAGAUAGUUCCAAGCGUGCCACGACCUUAGACCUUGACUCUUUCAUUGAACUAGAGCAGGUCUACCAAAAGCAAGGUCAGUUAUGGAACUAUAACGACCAAAUCCAAGAAAUUGACCGUACCCUCACAAUCCAGUCUGAAGACAAGGAGUUAAAUCAGCAGAUACAGCACUUGAAAGACAAGAUGAAAGCCAAAGUGGAGUUAUUUACAGAGAUUCUAGGACAAUUGAAGAAAUAUGGAGAUGUUCAGACAUAUGCCCAAGAAUGAAAAGACUUACUGGAUAAUAACCUGGAGAACAUGCAGCAACUGAGACAAGAGAAUCUGGAAAUUAAGCAAGAAAUUCAGGAGCUCAAGGCUUUAAGUCAAGGAGUUAAUGAUGAAUUUCAGGCAGAUAUUAGAAAAAGAUAUGAGAGGCUUGGGAGUUAUGAAAUUAAUGAAUUCGAAGAUAUGACCUUUAAGAGUAACUCAACUCUUACACUCACGUCUUUUGAUUUCUUGCCAAUCUUGUCAAAACUUUGAAAUCGUUGUCCUAAUUUGGAUACAAUCAAUAUUGACUGUUUGAAAAUGAACGAUCCUGAAAUGAUCAACUUCUUAUGUCAUUGGUUUCCGGAAGAAGUACGAGUGUUACACCUGGGAGACGACAGUCCAAUGACCUCGAUAGAUUGGCUUUUUUGAUGUUCUAAGCUCCUCGAAGACCCUGAAACUCCCUUGAAACCUUGCUCAGUCUUGAAUCCCUCAUCCCUCCUUUUCAAAAUAUCUCCUCUGGUGACUUCCGAGAUAUGGUUGUACAAUUUCAGGAUCUCAAAGAAACAACUAGAAUCCCUCAUUCCCUUACUUCAAGGCCAUCCUAAAGCGAUCGGGUUGAUUUCAUGUUCCCUAGAUAUCCCCGCUGCAGCAUCAAUGGUAGGCUUAAACCCUCAAGAAUUCACUCGCACCAAUUCCGACCUGGUGUUCUCCAGCCUUGAAGAAUGGGAAUGUGAGAUGCUCAGUCUCAACUUCUGCGGAGACCAAGAGCAUGGCAACUGGGCUGAAAGCAGUGCUCCCUUCGAGAACCUGAUCAGAGCUCUGUGCUACAGCGAAGCUGUCCACCGGACCUGGAGGAGCAUCCAGCUGAUCAAGUGCGGAAUUGAGGAAGAGAAAGCCAGAGAGAUUCUAGAUUAUUACGGAUUUGAGCAGACUAAGAUUUUGUAGAAAGCAAAAACCCCUUUGCUGCACUGUGAUG